UUUGUCUGUAAGAUCUGUUCUCUCUUUAUUCUUUCUGGAAGCUAAGCGACGCUUACAUAUCCGACCAACACAAUGAACAAAGCUUCGAUCAUCCGGCCAUAUCCAUCCAAAUCGCCGCCAAAAUAAACAUAUUCGAGCUACUUUCAUAAUCGUCUUCCUAAUAAUGUAACCUACGAAGGUCGUCUAAGAACCCGCUACGGAGCCCCUCAAAUCGACGACCUAUAUACCGCAAUGACGGAACUGACAGCCCGUAUCUAAUAAUUGCUGCUACUACGAAAUCUUCAGUCGAAGAAUGGAACGAUUUUAGGUUUUUAUUUCGAUUGUAGCAAAGAAUAAUUUAAUGGCUCGGCGAAAGCCUAUAAGCGAUUUAACAAGUGAGCUGCCGGGAGAGGUAAAAGACAGAAUUUUGGAGUAUUUGCCCACCCCAGACGCCGCCAGAAUGGCUCUGCUCUCAACCUACUGGAAAGAUGCUUGGUUGCACCAUGGGCAGCUUGUGUUCGAUUCGGACUUCUUGGAGAGUGUUUAUGAGUACUGUGAUGAUGAAGGUAUAACCUACGUGAACAUAAUCAAUAAUAUCCUCUUUCUCCGUGCUGGGCCGGUUAAGAAAUUUACUAUAAAGAUAAGGAGUGCAAUUGAUCCUCCUCCAGAGGAGUCUGAUUUCGAGAGGUGGUGUCUUUUUCUGUCCAGAAAUGGCGUGGAGGAACUUAACAUAUCUUUAUCGAGUUAUGUGGAAUAUAAGCUCCCAUUUUGUUUACUCUCUUGCAGGACAAUUAAGCAACUGAUAGUCCAGGCUCCCUUUAUUGAUUUGCCUGUAAAUGCUAUUGGUAUAUUUUCCAAUGUCACUUCAUUAGCUUUCUUCGCUGUUACAUUUAAGCGCAUUGUUAAUGGAAUUGCCUCUAGUAUUAGUAUUCCUAAACUUGAGAAGCUGGCUUUGGAAGAUUGUGAUGGGAUCAAUAAAUUUGAGAUCAGCCCUCCAAAGCUUGAAAUCUUGUCUAUUAUUGGUUCUAUGGAUGAUGUAGUUGAUUCGAGAUGGUUGGCACCGCAUUUGAAAGCCAUUAAGACUCUUUGGUUGUGUGGCACUUCGUUGCGGUAUAUGGAUGUAUCUAUGUUUUCAACUGCAAUAAAUCUGCAAGUGAUGAAGCUGUAUGAAUUAAGUUUUGGUUGUGGGAAGCAGCUCACCGUUGCUAUGCAAUUGCUUCAAAAAUGCCCCAACCUAUGUGAACUAGGAAUUAUGGUGGAGGAUGAGCAGAGCGCUUGUGGGGAUGACAAAGAAGUUGCUUCAAGGCUUUUGGAGGAUCCAGAUGGUUGCUUUGUUAUUCAGGAGUUGAAGAUGCUUAACACAAUCAAGAUUGAAUCAUUCCGUGAAUCCGCACUCAUAAUGCUUUUUAUGAAAAUGUUGCUCUCGAAAUCCCCUGCACUAGAGAGAGUUGUUAUUCUGAAGCCUUGGGAUAUGAAUGACUCUGAGGUGAGCAAAAUCCUAAGGAAGUUGGAAUGUUUCCCUCGUGCAUCUCCAAACGCGCAAAUAGUAUGCACUGGCAAUUACUGCUGCAAGUUCGAGUACUAUGAGCGUAAUGAGUAUUUGGAUUUAUACCCAUGGUUUUAGCCUUUUAGAAACCUAGUAUGGUGUGGUGAAUCUCCAUGGGGGUUUAAUUUGGGUGCAACUUUGAAAUGUAAGCAAUGGUUGUGUUGGAAAUUGAAAUGUUUUCUAAGUUGUUUAGCAUGAGGUAUUUGUAAUCAGCCAGCAUUGUGGGCAAUUAAGAAUGUUCCUAAAUUUGCUUUUGUUAAUUGUACUUGUUACUACUUCAGAUGAUGUGGGUUAGUUGUGACUUCAA